GUCGCUAGUUUCACAAUGCUGCGCAGUAGCUAGCUUUUCAUGGAAAUGGCGCCCGCGUUGAACUCUAGCAAGAAGACAGUUCUGUAGAUAGCUAAUCUAGUUCAGAAGAUUUGUUAAAGACACGGUCCUUCGUACUAGAAUAUCUGUGGGUUAUCGACAUUUGUCUUCAAAAACAAAAGGGAUUCGGAAGAAAAUCGUAUUAUUAUGACAGGGCCGAAGAAGAGUCGCAACCGAAAAGACAUUACCGCAUUUUAGUACGUCGACAACAUCAGACAGUGAGUGAACAUGCGUGACCUGGCUGCCCAGGUCACCAGCAGCCUGCUGCGUUUCCCGAGGGUGACUGUAGAUGCUCUGGGGGAGGAUGAGAUCACCCUGGACUCUGUGCUGCGCGGGAAGUUCACCAUCGGUCGCAGCGGGCUGGCCUGGCUGGCAUGUGGGCCCCAGCUGGAGGUGGUCCAUGCGGUGACGGGUGAGCGUCUGUCCGCCUACUGCUUUAGCGGCGAGGGGGAGCACCCCCCAGGCGUGCUGGCGGCCAGGGACUUCUCCUGGCUGAAGAGGACGGGGCUGCUGGUGUGCCUGGAGGAGGCCCAGGGUAGCAUGCUGUGUCUCUACGACCUGGGCAUCUCCCGAGUGGUCAAGGCCGUGGUCGUACCGGGCAGGAUCACGGCCAUCGAGCCCCUGGUGAGUUAUGGCGGGGCCAGUGCCAGCACACAGCACCUCCACCAAAGCCUGCGCUGGUUCUUUGGUGUGGCAGCUGUGGUCACGGACCUGGGACACGUCCUCCUGGUGGACCUGUGUCUGGAUGACCUGUCCUGCAGCCAGAGCGAGCUGGAGGCCUCAGACCUGGAGGUAGUGACUAAGUCCCCGGCUGAAAUCCCCCGGCUGCGUGAGCAGGAGACGCGCCAGGGGAGACACCUCUGUCUGCAGCUGAGCAGCCCCACGGGCACGGGGGCCACGGCCCUGCAGUACAUCCCUCGCACCAACCAGCUGGCCGUGGGCUUCUCCGACGGAUACCUGCAACUCUGGAACAUGAAGACGCUCAAGAAGGAGUAUCACUCUCAGCUGGAGGGCGGAAGGGUGCCAGUGUACGCCUUCACCUUCCAGGAGCCAGAGAACGACCCCCGUAACUGCUGCUACCUGUGGGCUGUCCAGUCUGCCCAGGACCAUGAGGGGGACGGGGUCAGCCUCCACCUGCUCCAGCUGGCCUUCAGUGAGAGGAAGUGUCUGGCCUCAGGGAAGAUAUUCUAUGAGGGUCUGGAGUACUGUGAGGAGCGGUACAGUCAGGAGCUGAGCAGCACCGCCUUCCCCCUGAGGGCUCAGGCCACCAACACCCGCCUGCUCAGCUGCCAGACCAUUGAGAAGUUCCGACACCACCCAGAUCGAGACGAAAGUAUGAAUGAAGUUGCAUCUCCAGACACUAGCGUGUCCAUCUUCAGCUGGCAGGUGAAGGCCUAUGGACAGGGAAACCCCUCCACCUACAUCGGCGUCUUUGACAUAAACCGAUGGUACCACGCACAGAUGCCCGACUCUCUAAGAACGGGGGAGUCUCUGCGCAGCUGUCCCUACCUUGCCGUGUGGUCUUUGGACACGGUGGUGGAGAUGACGUCGCCCUGCCCCGUGCUGGACAUCCUGGUUCACGAGCGCAGCCUGAGCCGUGGCCUGCCCUACACCUGCCCCCCGCCAGAACAGUUCUUCAAACCCACCACAUACAACUUUGACGCAACCUGUUUGCUCAACACUGGCCUCGUGCACCUAACUUGUUCUGGCUAUCAGAAAGAAACUCUGAGCUUCCUGAAGAAGGCUGCUCCCUGCUCCAGUGAAGUCAUCUCAAACGGCUACUCCCGCUGCCUGAUGUCCGGCCUGCUCUCCUCUCGCCUGGUCGACGUGCAGCCCUCCAGCCUCUCUCAGGAGGAGCAGUUAAACGCCAUCUUGUCCACGGCGGUAGAGACCAGCUCCCUGGGUCUGAUCACUGGCUGUAUCAAACAGUGGACCGCCGAAGAGCAACCAGGCUCUGCGGUGAACCUGCGCUACAUUCUGGAGUGGGCCUGGGACAAGGUGGUUCACACCAAGGAAGAGCUGGACGGCAUAUGUGCUCCCCUGUUUGACAGCUCGUCUAACUUCACGGACCCCCAGACCCUCCAGCUGCUGCAGCACAGCCAGAGACUACUGGGGAACCUGAGCACCAUCUUCCACUGUCUGCUCAGCGAGGCACAGGAACUCACUCAGAGAGGUUUGCUGGGACUCCUCAAUAAGAACCUGGUGUCCAGCCUCAUCUCCCAGUACGCACGGGUGGUCCUAUGGUUCUGUCGGACCUGUCUCCUGCCUGAGGGCUCCGAUGAGGACGCUGUGCAGAUCUCCAGGCCGUUCUACAGCUACUCAGUUAUCCAGAACUACUACACCGUCCGCAGAGAGGAGCUGCAGCAACUGUCCAAGGGGAAGUGGUGUGCAGAUUGCCUGAUGAUUGACGGCUUGGUCGCCCAAUGCGGGGCUCGUUUGGUUGACCUGUGGAAACGGGACGAGGGUGGGACGGGACAGUAUCCGCCCCCUACGCUACACGGCCUGCUUGAUAUUUACCUCCUGGAAAACAUUGAUGAAACUGCUAAGCACGCCAUCGUGAUCUACCUGCUGCUGGAUGUGAUGUACUUCUCUAACAAGAGCGGGGCGUCUGUGGAGUCCUUCCCCAAUGCCUUCGCAAUCCCCAUCGGCCUGGUCAAGCUGGUGCAGGGCCUCUGGCUGCUGGACCACCUCGACCACCAGAACUCCCUGGAGCUUCUGCUGCACCCGGCCACCUCCCCGUCCCUGUGGGUUUGGCAGCACGGCCGCGUCCUGCAGGCUCUAAUGUGCCAGGGGCAACACGGAGUCGCCCUACGCUACCUCCACGUCAUGAAGCCCCCUCUCUCCUCCACUGCUCAGGCCCAACUCUGCCUCUCCGUGUUGCUACACAACAGGUGUCUGGUGGAGGCGUUGGCCUUGCUGAGGCAGCACUCCAACCGUCUGAACGCGGAGGAGUUGUUACGGUUCCUCUACGAGACCUGUCAGGAGCUGGGUCUCAUGAAGGAGCUGCUCAAACUGCCCCUGGGCCUCGCUGAACAGGAGUGCUUGGAGAGGUUCCUACAGGUUACAGGGGGUCUCCAGAACAGGGAGCUUCUGAUGGUGCACUACCUGCAGCAGGCCAACUACGUCCCCGCCCUGCAGCUCAACCACACCCUCAAGAUGAACAUGGUGAAUGAGAGGGAUCCCAAGUUGAAGGAGAGAACCCACACGAGGAACUCUAUCCUGGACCAGUACGGGAAAGUUCUCCCUCGGAUCCAGAGGAAGCUGGCCACUGAGAGGUCUAAGCCGUACCACCACCCCGCCACCAUACUCAGAGAGGUGUCGCGACCACAGCCGCUGUCGACCAUCGCCAAGCGGUCGGCCAAUGAGAGCGUGCUGACCAGAGCUGCGUUCAUCAACAAAGUCCUGUCGAAGAUCGAGGAGGUGUGGGUGGGAGGGAACCCCACGCCCCAGUCCUCCCCAUUCAAGAGCCCCAGUGCAGCAGAGGUACUGUGCCCCAGCCCCCUGUUCCCCUCCCGGGAUCUGCCCGAGGCCUUCGUGGGCAUGCCCAUCACCAUGACCUCCAAGAGGAAGUCCAGGCUGCUAGAACUGGUGGUGCACCCCUCCUCUCAGACCACUUCCCCGGAGGGCUCAUGGCCACUGCUGACGCCCCCCAGGUCGGCCACCUCCUGGAACCCCCCAAAAAGCAUCAGCAAGGCCCCCGAGCUUAGUCUGCUGCAUACCCCACAGGUGGUCAAGCGAGCACGAGCGCUGGCGGCAUCCGGCCCCGUGUUCUCGGCCUUCACCCCCCAAUCCAUCCUGAGGAGCAGCUUGCGCCCCAUGGCCACCCCCACUGCCUCUCCUGGGCGCUCUGUCACCCCCCCGCCACGCCCCAAGGAGAGCCGCAUCACCUUCAUCAAGGAGACGGCCAUGCCAGAGAAAGGCCCCCUCCGCUGGAGCAAUGGGAUCGCAACAGAGAAUGAAAUGAGUUUGCUGACCAGAGGCUCCCCACUGCCCAAGGCUGGACUGAUGGCCUGGACAUCACACACUGCAGUUGCUGCUGAUGAGGAUGAUGAUGAAGAGUUAGAGGAGGAUGAGGUGAAGGUGACACAUGUGAAGUUCCAGCCACCACCGGUCUGCGAGCCCUCACCAGAGAAAGGAGAGUCUGAGAGCGGCUCCUCUGGUCAAGAGGUCGUUGUGAUAACCACGUUGCCAGGACGACUCAGCCUGGGCCUGGAAACGAGCCAGGCCUCUGUCCUAUCAAUAGACACCACCCUUGAGUUCCAUGAUGCACCUCUCCCUGAAGACCUGGAGAGGGAGGAGGCGCUUAAACAGCCAGCCAAUGAAGUCGUAGACGAAGAGGAAGUGGUGGUUAACCUCAAAACUCCAGCAGUACCAGAAGUCCAGCCCGCAACAGCCAAUGAGCCAACUCUCCAGUCUGUGGAGGAAGGGCAGGAAGUAAAGGAAGAGCCAGUCAACAGCCAAGAGGAAGUGGCUGUAGAUCAGGAGUCAGACCAGGAAGUAGAGGAGAUGGAGGUCAACCCCAAACAAGAAGAGCCUGAGGCUAAACAGGAUGAGGAAAUUGUAGUGGAACCAAGGCUCACACAGGAAGUAGUACUGACUCCUGACACGGAAGUGUUUGAGGAACUGAACCUUGACCAGAAGCCAGAGGUGGCGAUGGUGGUAGAGGAGACUCAAGAGGAUGAAUCACAACCCACUGCACCAAUUGAACCAGUGGAAGCCAUGGAACAUACAGAACUGGACGAGUUUGUAGAGGGCCAUCUAUUUGGCAGUGACCUGUCUCCACCCCUGACCCACUCGUGCAUCCAUGAGACUUCUGAUAACUGGACCUCCUUCAACAGUGAACUGGUGUGUGGCGGGGUAGAGGAGGAGGAGCCUGCCCUUAUAGCCGCCCCCCCGACCCUCAACACCCAGAAGUCUGUAGCCUCGUCAGACCCCACCGGCACCGACUCCCACUCUGUGGUGAGCCUGAACGACAGUGAGGAACUCUCUAGUGCUGCGUCGGAGGAUGAAGAGUCGUCGUCGUCAGACGCCCCUGCUGAGGACUCUGGCAGUGAGGUGGAGAUCAUCGAGGAGGUGCAGGGGAACGGGAGGCAGCGAGCCCCCCUGCCCCUACAGCCCCAGUUCCUGUCUGACCUAUCGGAGCAGGACGCAGCCGUGCUCUCAUUGGUCACCCCAGAGGCAGACCUAAAAAUGGUGGAGGAUGACAUGGACGGGGAGGUGGUGAUGAUCAGGCUGGGGGCAGCAGGAGACGAGGGGGUCUGCUACACGGAGCUGAAGCCCUCCACCACCCUGCUGGUUCCUCUGGAGCUGCUGGAGGCAGACGGAGUCCACCUGGCGCUAACCGAGGUGGGGGAAGGUAGUGAGCCAGAGGUACCCCUCUCUGAAGCCCACAGCAGCUUCUCUCUUAUGCUGGAGGCUGAGGAUGGGAAUGCAGGCCCUGUACCACUGGAUGUACCACUAGAACCCACUGAGCAUCUGACUGCUGCUGACCCGGAGGUCAUCUGCCUGGGCACAGACGACCAGGACAUCCCCCUUGCUGAGGCUGAUCCCCAGGAGGAACAGGGGGCUGAGAUAGACAUCCUGGAGGGGAUGGACACCUUGGAGGCAAACUUUAAUAGCUGGACGGAGGCAGAGACUGAUGGACCUGAGGCUUUGUCAGAGGAGAAUGUUCCUCAAGUCACAGACGUCCUGCCUGAAUCCUUUGAGGCGGUGGCUGAAGAUGAACUGACCGGGACUGAACCGACCAGAUCAGCUGAAGAUGAUGUUGACGUAGACAAUGUAGAAGAGCCAGAUGAGAUCCCUGCUGAACCAACCGAAGCAGAAGAGCCUUCACCAGUCCUGGUUGAGAACGAGCAGCCCAGCAGAGCGAGGAAGGAAACAGAUGAAGUGACCAUGGAAGAGGAGACUGUCCUGUGUGCUCAGAGUCAAGAGGAGGAGAUGAAGGCUGAUGUCGUUGAUCUGGAUGCUGAGAAAGAGAUGGAGGAGCCUGUCGGUGUCCCUGCAGACCAGCCUCUGCCUCAGGUAGAAAGCAAAGGACCCAUCCAGUCAGACAACCAUGAACCUGCCCAGGGAGAAGCCAUAAGCGAUGUGGCUACCCCUCAAACCGCAAAGCUCUCUACAGCAAGUGAGGAGGAGAGGGAGCCCAUCAAGCCUCGCAACAUCCAGUCUGUGUCUGAAACCUUGGAGGUCAGGAAAGCCCCGCCCACCCCGACGCGCAGGGCCACCAUGCAGAGGAAGACGGUGAAGUUCACCUCAGUGGAGCCAGAGAGACCUGGGUCAGAGGGUGACGAGAGGCUGGCAGGACAGACUGAGAUGGAGACGGACUCUCAGGUCCCGGCCACACCCAGACGGAUCACCAGGAGUUGCCGUCACGGCCAGGACUCCAGAGUUCCCGUCACCCCUCGACGGAGCGCUCGGAAAACCGAACGCCAGCCAGAACCCGAGCCUCGGAGAGAGGAGGAGAGGAAAGGAGAGGAAGAGGUCUCGGUCCUCAUCACAGAGGCUGCUGUGGUCAACUCCAAGCCCACCCGGGCCAAACGGCGCACCCAACAGAAGGCCACUCCGAGGACGGGAACCCGGCGGACCAGGAACACCCAGGUGGAGGGCGAAGAGGAACCAACAGCCAUGGAUGAAACAGCCAGCAAGGGGUCAGCGCUGUCGGUUACACGCAGUGCUAGGAAGAGCCGAACUGGAACCAAGACCCCAGCCACCCAGACUCAACCAGCGGUCCCUGAGGAAGAGAAGCAAAACGAUGAAGAGGACAAAAAGCAGACCAGCAGUCCAGGCAGGGUGACACGCAAGUCGACCCGAAGGGGUAUGACCCUCGCCCUCUUCACCAAGGAAAAGGAAGUGUUCACCGUGGACCCUCCCCGCAGCCUUAGGAAGACGAGGGGCGAAGGCACCGCUGAGAAGACAAAAGAUGCCCCUGUGUCGUUCUGUCGACCAACCAGGAGCCGCCUGUGGAACCACCAGGAGGAGGACCUGCCCCUGUUGGAGACGCCCCUGGAGGUGGACUCCGGAACACCUGUGGCCGACGCCCUCAUCAAGAGACUCCACGACGAGGAGGCCAAACGGGAAGUGGGUGAGACCUUGGUCGUCACGGAGAUGGUGCGAGCCAGUAGAAGAGGUAUCAAGUCGCAGGGUCAGCGGGCGCCCUCUCCACCCCCGAUUGUGGAGAUGAUGGUGUCCGAGGCCGACCAGGGAAGCCCUGUCAGGGACUCAUUCAUCUACUCACCACCUCGGAGGAGAACUAGAGGUAGGAUAGCAGAGUCGCCCGGUCAGAAUGACGUGUCUGCGCCACCCAUUACUCGUACCAGGCGACCGGACGCCAGCGCAGCACGCCCUGCUAACGAGGACAAGAACUCGUCAGGAGAGGAUGUGGAGAUCGAGAUGGCGGCUGCUAAAACCAGAACAACCAAGAGACGAACAACCAAGCCCAAAGCAGCCCCGGCGUCCCCUACCCCAGCCAAGGUGGAUCUGAUCUCUCCCAUGCCCAGCCCGGCCGAGCGUGCCACGAGGAGGAGGAAGAGGGUGGUGGUGGCGGAGAACGAAGCCCCCCGGAUGAACCUCCGACGUAAACGAGUGCUGGAGGCCAUCUUCCUCAAACCAGUCACCCGCCGGAAGAAGCUAUGAUCGGAUGCCAUUUUCACCCUGAACAAAACUACAGCAUCAACUUGGGAGUCUUCCAGACUCGGUCAGAACUCAUGGGGGGUGCGUCUUCAUCUCCUUUCCUUCAUCUGAACUGCUCUGAAAAAUAGGAUGGGGGGGGGGGGGAGUAUGGUGCCUACUGGGUAUUUCCAAUACAUGUCAAUGCAGAUGAAGGAAAGGAGACGGAGAGGAAUCCACUUUAGACUAUAGAGAUGCACCAGUGGACUGGACUCGUAUCUUUCCUUGAAGCUUUUACCUCUACUCCUAGGAAGCGAUUUUAUUCUCCUCCUUUCUUUUAAGAACUUUUGCAGCCUGCUGUUUUAUAUUUAAGAAGACAAACAAACCAGUGGAGAACAUUUUUUUAAAUGAAGAAUCAGAUUUAAUUUGGGAGAUUGAUAUAAUAAUUUUAUAUAAAUUAUUGUAAUGUUUACAGGGAGGAAGACUGGUAUUUGAACAACAAAAAAAGUCUUUUUUUUCUGGAGAAUUCGUACAUUUAUAUUAAUUGAUGGCUAUGGUAAUGGUCUCUUUUGCUAUGUUAUGAAUAAAGUUUAAUACUUGUGAAUGAUCUGUUGAUUUUAUUUGUAGUGCAGAGCCGGCCCUAGCCACUAAGAGAUCAAUUUUAUUGAUAGGGGUCUCAACUUAGUGUUAAGAGUUACAAUAGAACAAUACACAAGGUGUAAUUUCAAAAUGUGGUUGUCCAACAUUUUUUCUCUGUCACUCAAUUAGCCCAUGUCACCUACAUUUGUUUAGAUUGUUAAAUUAGUCCAGCAAUCUAAACUUGUAGUAAUCAUGGUUGAAUUACUGAUCGGACACACAGGGAACGUGCCCAGGGGGCCCCCCAUGGAUUUCGUUAGUCACUUUCACUCAGAAGUCAUUAUAAUGGCAUAAGAGCGUUUGUUAAAUGACUGACUAAAAUGUUAAUGUAAAUCAUACAGGGCAAAAUGUGUACAAUUGCAGGAAGUUAACCAGCUUGGGCCGGUUCUGUUGUAGCUUUUCAAUUUUUCAAUAAUGUUUGUCUCAUAAUCAUAUUGCCGAUGUCAGCCUUAAAAGACAAUUUUGUAAAGCUAAUUUGCUGUUUGUUUUUUAGAUCAUUUCACACUAAUUUGGUUUGUUUGGGGUUAUUUUCCUAUAAUGUACUGUAUCACUAACAUGUACAUAACCUGCACAGUGAAUCAAUCCACUGGGGGUGAUGAGGCUUGUUUGCUUUUAAGGUCAUUUGACCAGCCGAACGCUAUUUUCAGAUGAAUGUAGAAUGUCUUCAGUGACUGACAAUAUGGUAAAAGCGGAAGUAUUUCAUUAAAGGUGGGCUGAACUGAA